GUUAUGCCGAGGAGUGAGAUCUGUCAUAAAUAUGUCUUGUUUUGUCCCGUUCUGUAUCUCCAAGUAUAUAAUUAUCCCAAGUUUAUGGAAUCCAAUACUAAAAAGAUCUGACCAUAGGCUUCUCCAUCUUUUCCUUGCCUUCCACUUCACAGCCUGUCAAGCAUGUAUUAUUUUUGAUUGCUUUUGUUCUUUUCCUAAUCAGUAGCAGGGCUGCUCAUGAACAGAGAAGAUAUUCUUUACCAAAAAAACAAAGAACAAAAAACAGAGAGAAGAUAUUGCUCAUUUUCAAGUAGCCCGUAAAGACACACACCCCCCUAACUUGGAUUUUUCUGCUAAUUAGGAUUCCUUGGCAACUCCAUCAUGAAUAAAUUCUUCAUGAUGGGAAACUGGAUCAUGACCUUAUUCUGCAACCUAUGGCGAUGAAAUAUGGAUUAUAGAAGGGGCAGGAAGGAGGAUGAUGCUGGAUGAGCUGCAGAAUCCCAAUUUGCAGGUAUGGGAACUGUACUUCAGCACCCACUGAAUAUAUUCACCACCUUGCCGAACAACUAUGAUGAGAUCAAUAAAAGAUCAGGCAAUUCAUAUACUAGAACCAAUUAUGACUGUAAACUAGGCAUCCGAACCGGCUUGAAGCUGUUUCUGGAACCCAUGGACAGAGAUUCGGUAAAGAAGACGAUGCUGAAACAAGAAGAAAUAUUUAAACAGCAGGUGAGGGAACUGCACCGGCUUUACCAAGCUCAGAAGCAGUUAAUGGCUGAGAUCAGAAGUGAUGAUGGGACAUCUAGGUCGUUCUGUCAUGAUAACAGGCAUCAGUCGACAUCCCAAUUAAGUUCCGAGAAUAGUCGUCUAAACCGGUACGAAUCAUUUGAAAAUAUUUGCUUAGAGGGCCCCUUCAGAGAGCCAAAAAGCUUCGAUCUUGAACAGCCUGUGGUGGAGACUACCAAGGAAAACAUUGCACAUGAUCAGGCUUCCAGCUCAUGGAGGCAUUUAAGACAGGGGACAGCAGUGGAAGGCCCAGAUAUUGACACUGAUGUCGAACUUACCCUAAGCAUUGGGUGCGGUGCACAGAAGAAGAAACCCAAACAUGGACUUCAUCUGGAUAGUGAAAUAGGCUCCUCUGUUUCAGAUCCCAGUGAGACAAAGCAGCUUAGGGGGCAAGACAGAAGGGAGGAAGGCAGUGAUGUCCCUGUGAGCUCAAAAGAGGAGAGCUCGCAAAGGCCAUGUAGAAAUUUGCAAGGUUUGAGUUUGGACAUUGAAGAGGAAAUGAAUUCAAAUACUUCGAUGCAUCGAUGAGAACAUUGAGGUACCACCUAAGUAUUUAGGCUCCAUUGGAGUGAAGGAACAUCGAUUCCGCAUGUAUAUUAUCUUCCGAUCAUAAAAAUUUCCAGUUAAAUUUUUCUAUGUAUAUUUGUUAGUUUUAAUAGAUUGUGAGAUUGAUUGCUCUCAUUUGAUGUAGCGCAUUGAUCGAACACACUACAAAAGCUUCAAACUCAAGUCGCCAUUCAUUUGAGGGUUGACAACAGAAGGACCAUGACAGAUGUCAAACGUUUGUUCUAUAUGUCUCUCAACUUCAGUAAUGAAAUUGUAGCCAGCGCUAUUCUUUUA